AUGCGGACUAUGAGGACUCAGCUGGGCGAUCUGCCACAACACCCCUGGACGACACGGCCCAUCGAGCCACGCUUUGAAGGGACUAUCAAGCCACAUUAUGGGGAUAAUAGUGUUAAACACAAGCAGAGGGUCAUGAAAGUUUUGAAAGAUCUUGCUGCUAAUCUCAAUAAUCAAGUUUGGCUAGUAACCUCAAAGGAAGUAUCAGAACUUGAAACUACCUAUGGUAAAAUUCCUGUGCUAAAUCUAGCUGGCAAAAAGGGAGCAGAGUUGAGUACAAGCAACAAUUUGAAAUUAGAACUUCCAGAUAUAAGCAAUACAAAGCAGCUGCUGAACUUGAAGGCUAAAGAAGUGGAAAUUAGUUCCAAGAUGAGGGAAUCAGUGCAAGAGGCUAUCAAAAACAAUCAAAUACUUGAAGAUUUUGAAGUAGAAUUUAGAGAUCAUGGAGACAAGUUUGAAUUGGACUUGCAACACAAAGUUUACAGUAACAUGAGAUUGAUACCUGCCAUGGUUCUCCAAAAAGGAGCACAUGAUUUUGUAUUAUCUGUGGGUAACAUGGAUAUUGAAGAGAAAAUUCACAAGGUACUCAGAACAGCUGGUCACCAUGCUAUUAUUGUGAAAGAAGAAGAAUCAAUAUUUGGGAAAUUUGCCAAAUAUUUUCAAUAUCCUGAGGAAUUUGACUUCAAAUCAGGAUCUAUGUGGAGAUUAAUCUUCUUCUUGAGAAAUCUUGAAGUUGUUUCCAGCCACAAUCAACCUUCCCAGAAAUAA